CAUCAGAUCAUUACCACCACUUCAGAAGACAGGUGGGGGCUUACUGCAACGGAUAAUAUUGGUUAAAUGAUACAAUAAUACAUACAUAGUGAAAAUUUGUCGUAACUCUAGUCUCGCGACGACGGCGACGUCCCAGUCCAGUUGAUUUCUCAUUACGUGAAUAAGAUUUUUUUUUCACUGAACUUGAACUUACAACAGGAUGACGACGGCAUGGGGAUAUUCUUUAGUUAAUGGCCCAACAACAUGGUCAGAAGUAUUUCCUGAUGCUGCCGGCGAGAAACAGAGUCCCGUAGAUAUAAAAAAAACUGAAGUCAAACCUCUGAACUGCACCACUAAAUUGACGUGGAAAUAUGUACCUGAAAAUACAAUAGAUAUUUCAAAUCCUGGAUAUUGUUGGAAAGUCCAUGUAAAAGGAACUGGAUCUGAAUUAUACGGUGGUCCACUUAAAGAUAAUUAUCAAUUGGAACAAUUCCAUUGUCACUGGGGGGCAGACGAUGAGAGUGGGUCUGAACAUAGAAUUGAUGGAAAAAGUUAUGCCGGGGAAAUACAUUUGGUUCACUGGAACACGAAAUACAAUUCUUUUGAACAAGCGUCACAACAUCCAGAUGGGUUGGCAGUGGUAGCAAUAUUUUUAAAACCUGGUAGAAAACACUUUGAACUGGAUAAAGUGGUGGCUCAACUGUCAAAAGUCCAGUUUAAAGGAGAAAAAGCAAUCUUCGUUAUACCUCUUGACCCAGGAAGUCUUAUUCCUCCUGAAAGUGGAUACUGGACGUACCAGGGUUCCUUAACGACGCCUCCUUGCUCUGAAUGCGUCACAUGGAUUAUAUUUAAGGAGCCUAUUGAAGUUUCCAGAGAACAGCUGAAAGCUUUCCGUAAACUUCGCUGCUACUGUCGAGAUGACACUUGCCCCUGCGAUCAGUAUGAAGGGUUCGUCAAGGACAACUUCAGACCACCUGCGCCCCUUAACAACCGGGAAGUCCGGGAAUACAGUCCUACAAGAGAAAUAUGCUUCAGUUAAAAAAAUGGAUCCUUUUAUAAUAAUUAGAUCGUAGUAAUAAACAAUAAAAUAUUUGUAAAAAUAGUACUGAAAAUAUUUAUUAU